AUGUCAACCAACUUAAAGAACUCGCGCUCCUUGCGCUUAACCGUUGCUCUUAUAAUUCCAUUUGCGCUCAUUUGUUAUCUUUACUCGUGGAGACAAACACCCACCUUGGUUUCUAGCCCCACUAUACCGCAGAAUUCGGAGACGACCACGACAGGCACAGGGGACACAGCCUCAAUAUCAGUGCCUCCAAAGGGACCUUCGACUAGCGACAAUCAUCCUACUACUACCACUGCACCCAUUUAUACGCUUCCAGACAAGGUCUGGCAUUCCGCCAAGUUUGAUAAUAUAUCAGAAAAUCAACGCGAAUGGACCGGCAGCUGGACAAGAAAGAAUCCUUCUCUCCGCCAAGAAUUGUUGACCGAUCGAUCGGCUGAAGCAUUCGUUCGCGCUCAUUAUUUCAAAACCCGACCCGAUAUCGUCGAAGUCUAUGAAGCCCUUCCAAUCCCGAUCCUACGUGCGGAUCUGUUCCGGUACUUGGUUGUACUCGCAGAAGGUGGAAUUUGGGGCGAUUUAGACACCUCGUGCGAGAAAAAAGUCACCGAGUGGGUACCGUUGGAAUACAGAAAUGAGAACAUCGAUAUGAUUGUCGGGUUGGAGUUCGACUUUGAAUGGCGGGGACCGGGGACAGAAGUUGCUUCCCAGUUCUGCAACUGGAUAUUUGUUGCACGGAAGUCUUCACGCAAUCUUCAGGUUAUUGUUGACACUGUCCUUAAUAAAUUGAAGGGCAUUGCGCAAGCAAACGCCGUGAGCAUUGAAGGGAUUACCUUAGAAAUGCUUUCGGACGUGGUCAACGUGACGGGGCCUAAGAUUAUGACGAUCGCGAUCAUGGAGAGUCUCGAACAAUUGCUCGGCAGGACCGUUGAUGAUCGUGAUUAUGCACAGACUAAACAACCCAAGCUGGUUGGAGAUGUUUUGAUCAUGCCCGGAGUCUCUUUCGCUGCUCUUCAAAACGGAAACCCGACGGAUCAAGGCGACCCUCUGGUGACACAUCAUUACGAGGGCUCGUGGAAGAAGGAAGAUGCAGAAGCAAAGGAGCGGAAAAAGCAGAAGCAAGAACAGGAACAGCAGCAACAGCAGCAAGAUCAGCAAGAAGGAUCAUCACCACAACCACCACCACCACCACCUGCUGCGGCCUGA